CAUGCAUAUAAUAGCCAGACGAGCCGCGGUAGGGUUUGGCUCCCCAGUCCUCAGCUCUCUGUGCACCAGCAGACUCACCGGCAGCCGCAGGCUCUUUACGAUGGCCGAGCUCUCAUCUGAACAAGUGGUAUUCAACAAGCCAAAGGUCGAGCUACACGUCCACCUCGAUGGAGCCAUCAGGGUGCAGACUAUUCUUGACGUUGCCAAGAGACGAGGCAUCCGUCUGCAAGCGGACACGGUGGAGGAGAUGACACGGAAUAUUAUUCUCAAAGAGCCCGCGACCCUCACCAAGUUCCUGGGCAAGUUCGCAGAGUACAUGCACGUGGUUGCUGGCGACAGAGACGCCAUAAAGAGGAUAGCCUACGAGUUCGUUGAGGACAAAGCCAAGGAGGGAGUGAUUUAUGUGGAGGUCAGAUACAGCCCGCAUUUCCUGGCUAACGCCAAAGUGGAUCCCAUACCAUGGGACCAGGAAGAAGGUGACCUGACCCCGGAUGAGGUGGUGCACCUUGUUAACGAGGGCCUCAGCGAGGGGGAGAGGGCCUUCAAUAUCAAAGCCAGGUCCAUUCUAUGCUGCAUGCGCCACAUGCCAAGCUGGUCCAUGGACAUCGUGGAGCUGUGUAAGAAAUAUCGCCACGAAGGAGUGGUCGCCAUCGACCUGGCGGGUGACGAGUUGCUCAACUGUGAAGCCAAUCCAGAACACAAGAGCGCCUACGAGGAAGCGGUGCGUUCUGGCGUCCACAGGACGGUCCACGCUGGAGAGGUGGGGCCGCCGUCUGCGGUGAAGGAGGCUGUAGAAGUGCUGAAAGCUGAGCGGGUUGGACACGGUUACAGAACCCUUGAAGACCAAGUCCUGUACAAGAAGCUGCUGGCUCAGAACAUGCACUUCGAGGUGUGUCCUAUUUCCAGCAAGCUGACAGGUGCCUGCGACCCAGACUUCACCAAGCAUCCCGUCGUCACGUUCAGGAAGGACAAGGCUAAUUACUCCCUGAAUACAGACGACCCUCUGAUCUUCAACUCGAACCUGCACCUCGACUACAGCAUGGCGCACAAAUACAUGGGAUUCACUGAGGAGGAAUUCAAACGACUGAACAUCAGUUCUGCAGAGUCGUGCUUCCUGCCUGAGACGGAGAAGAAGGAGCUCCUCUACAAACUCUACGAGGCCUACGGGAUGAUACAGAGAACUGCCUUUUAACCCUGACGAGGAACUCCGAGGAGGCAACUAACCCCAGGGACGAACCCGCUCUGAAUCUCCCAACCAAGACACAAAGGAAUGUCUCAUUCGUAACCAGACACGAAGCCUUUAGAAUAAAUAUAUAUAUAUCAAAUAUGAUGUCUCUCAUAUGGCUGCUGCCUUCACAUCACACGAGUCUGAUCAGUAUUCCAUCAAUGUUUUUAUUUUUUUUUAGAUAGCUUUUAAUACUUUAAGGUUACGGCGAGGAUCCGGAGGAUGGGCAUGCUGUAAGUGUUUCUGUUCCAUGAAAAACUCGUGUUUACAUCAGGGAAGUUUCUGUCGGCCUGUUCGGGAAGGACUAAGGGAAGUUGUUUACUCCGUUUACUGAACAUCCAUUCUUUGGUUGAAGGGUUUAAGUGAAGGACUCCACGGUGUCAGUGUCCGUUUCUUUAUUCUCUACAUGUAAAAGCUGCAUGAAACCUCAGGAAACAGCUCAAUACCAAAAUUGUAGUCUUACAUUCAAACACUAGGUGUCACUAUAUUGCCACCUCCAUGGACAAACCACAGCUGAUUUUAAAAAUGUGGUUUUACGUUUGGGGAUUUACUCUUAAUUCUUUUCAUGUGUAUAUUUAUUUAAAAAGAACAAACUUUCAUUUAUAACAGACACAUUUAUGACACUUAUGACAAGCAUCUUUAAACGUAAUAAAAGCUGAAUGAAACCA